GAAGAAAAUAAUCUCGUGGGGUCCAUCCCAAACGAAAUAUCCACUCUGCCCGAACUGGAUCGGUUGGAGCUUGCAGUGAAUGGUCUUGUGUCCUCCAUUCCUUCGACGAUAGCCAACCUUACAAAACUCGUCGUGUUGGAUUUAGAGGCGAACAAUUUGACGGGAAAUCCCUUUGGAAACGGACUUCUUGACUUACCAAUACUCAAACAAGUUUUCUUGUCGAGCAACAGCUUUACUGGCAGCAUCCCAUCUGAUAUCGGUUCCUUGACACUUCUGGAAGAAUUCUGGAUUGCGGGUAAUGAGCUUAUGGGGAGCAUUCCGACAGGCAUAGGCAGCCUGACGGAACUCAAGAGUGUCUUUCUGUAUGACAACCGUCUCGACGGCACUCUCCCAUCAGAAAUAGCAUCUUUAACGGGUCUCACGAAUUUCCAAAUCCAAAACAACGUCUUGGUGGGAAUUCUGCCACAGAAUGGCUUCCCAUCCUUAACCGCGCUAACCACGUUGCGCUUGGACUUCAACUUUUUUUCCGGAACUACUCCCUCCACUAUUGGCGAUCUCAUAGCGCUGACGGAUCUGCGCGUCAACAACAACUUUUUAACUGGAGAGCUGCCCGCCUCGCUGGCAAGCUUAACCAAUCUACGAUUCCUUACAGUGAAUACCAAUUUUUUGGGUACUUUGCCGGCAUCACUAUUUGACAGUGCAACCCUUCGACUUGCUUAUCUAAACAACAAUCAGUUCAGUGGUCGCAUUCCCGAAAACUUUUCUAAGUCGCCAUUACUUCGAGAUAUCUUCCUGAACAACAAUCUUUUGACUGGUCCUGUCCCGGAUAUUGCGGUUGGUGAGUUGUUUACCUUGAACGAGUUCGUUCUGCAGGCCAAUUUGCUGACCGGGAGUAUGCCGGCCAAUGUUUGC